UAUUUUGGGUAUUUUUAUUCCUUUCCUGGGGAAGGAUGACACCGUCUGUGGCUACAGAUUGACAGACUCGUGUCCUGCAGCUGAGGAGCGGUGGAUUCCGGCAGCUCCCUGCGCUCCCCGGAGCCGCUUCCAGCGAGCCGGUGCUCGCCGAGGGUGACCCAGCUCCGGCGCGCGGGUCCGGGUCCGUCUCCGCAGGGGGAUGCGAGGAGGAGCCCGGAAUGCCUUACCUGGACCGCCACAACCGCAUCUGUGGCUUUCUGGACAUCGAGGAGAAUGAGAGCUGCGGCAAGUUCCUGCGGCGCUACUUCAUCCUGGACACGCAGGCCAACUGCCUCCGGUGGUACAUGGACAACCCGCAGAACCUGGCGAUGGGAGCGGGAGCCGUGGGAUCGCUGCAGCUCACCUACAUCUCCAAGGUCAGCGUGGCCACCCCCAAGCAGAAGCCCAAGACGCCGUUCUGCUUCGUUAUCAACGCUUUAUCCCAGCGCUAUUUCUUACAAGCCAGCGAUGAAAAAGACCUGCAGGACUGGGUGGAGGCCCUGAACCGCGCCAGCAAGAUCACGGUGCCCAAGGGCGGCAGCGCGUUGCCGGCCGCCGAGCUGGCCAAGGCGCCGGCCCGCGCGCCGGAGCCGCAGCCGCGUGCCGCCUACAAGACGGAGAUCGUGGGCGGCGUGGUGCUGCACACCCCCAUCUGCGUGCCGCAGAACGGAGGCGACGGAGCGGCGGGCGGCGAGGCUGGCGCCCACCCGCUGCUGCGGCGCUCGCAGAGCUGCAUCCCCACGUCGGCCGCGCGGCCGCCCGCCGGGCCCCCCGCGCUCAAGAGCGGCUACUGCGUGAAGCAGGGCAACGUGCGGAAGAGCUGGAAGCGCCGCUACUUCGUCCUCGACGAGUUUUCCAUCAGCUACUUCAAGUGCGAGCAGGACAAGGAGCCGCUGCGCUCCAUCCUCCUCAAGGACGUCUGCAAGACCCACGAGUGCCUCGUCAAGUCCGGGGACCUCCUGAUGCGGGACAACCUCUUUGAGAUCACCACGAGCUCCAGGACCUUCUACAUCCAGGCCGACAGCCCCGAGGACAUGCGCAGCUGGGUGCGGGCCAUCGCGGCGGCCGCGCAGGCGCUCCGGAGCCGCCCGCGGGAGCUCUCCUUGGUGCGAUCGGCGUGCACGGCCAAGCCCGGCGGCUCCGGCGCGCGCGGCGCCCGAGGAGCGCCCGAGGAGCGCCGGGCGCCGGGCACGCCGCCCUCGGCCUGGCAGCCGUGGRCGCCGGUGCCGCGGCGGGCGGGCGCCGAGGAGCCGCCGCCGGAGCCCACCUUGCCGGGCCCGGCGGGCACGCGCGCUCGCCACCGCUCCGAGCCGCAGCGCGCCCAGGACAGGCCCUUCGCCUUCGACCUGCACGACGAGAGCAUCCGCAGCUCCGACGUGUGAGCCAGCCCGGGAACGCUGCUCUCCUCGGGGUUGGCACCAGCGUGCCCGGCGCUCUGCACCGACUUCAUCCCGCCGCCUUCAUGGGGACCAAAGCGGCUGCUUUCCUCCAGCGCCGCUCGCUCGCGUGGCGCGGGACUCAGACGGGCCUUUUGCUCGGUGUCCCCGCUCCUCCCGGAGCCAGCGGGAUGCUCCACGGCCUUGGUGUCACCUGGCCGAACCGCAGUCCAUUCAGGAAUUCUGGAAUUUCCCCAAAAAAAGCAAACCUGGAGGGAAGGGAGCAGCUGCAUCUCCCCUGGGUGCUGCUCCCCAGCAGCCGGGGAGAUACCCGUCGUGCUGCUGCAUUCACCAAAACCAUGGCAGCUUCAAUAAUAUACUUUUUUUUUUCCAGACCAGCUCCUUACCCUGCCCAACUAAUGGUAUUUUUAAGAAAUGUUUGCUUUUAAUUAAUUCCUUUUAUAUCUGCGCCCACCGCCUCACCUUAAACUCGGGCAGACUCCGCCUUUGGGAGCCCAGGCAAAGCUUGUCGGUACUUUUAAAUGUGAGUCAAGGUUAGGAUCACUAACCUAGUUACCUAACCAGUUAGGACUGCGGGUAACAGGGUUAUUCUCAGGUAUCUUCUCGGGUUUGCACUGCGUGCGCCUGGGCAUCGCAUUACUCACAGCAAAUGUGGCUUCGUGUGAUGGUGGAAAUCACUGCAACUAGGAAAACAAGAGGGAAUCCAUGCAAAUAGUAAAGGGGGAAUGUUAAUAUUUGUUAUUUAAUUGUAGAAAACUCAGUUUUGCGGUUCCUUGUCCUUUUUUUUUUUUGCUUUGUUUGCACUAGUGUUUGGAAUCUGUUUCUUUUGGCUGACCUGCUGCUUGGCUAGUAAAACAUUUUGUUCUGGAAAAAAAACAACAAAAAAAGCAGUCUAACAAAUUGCUACGACCGUGAAGUUCCAGCAUUUAGUGAUGCCAGCUCUGACCUCAUUUCUGGAAAACAUCAAGCACCCGGAGACUUGCCUCAGUCCGUGUCAGGCCUCAAAAACAUGAAGUCCCGAGUAGUUUUGCUGCUUUUAUGAUUGCAAAGUUUCCUCGGGCCUGGGAUGGUAAAGGCAGAGCCUGUUGCACAACUCGAGAUUAUUAUCCAGGGGGAGAUGCUCCGAUGGCUUCGGUGCUGUCGCAAUUUGUGAUUUCCCUCCUUGCAUCUUCUGGCUCAUGUGUGAGCACGAGAUGCCGAUGAGUGAGGGUCUCCCGUGGCGUUUGCCGUGGGGGCUCCCUCCUUUUGCAGGCAGGAGUUUAGAGGUCGGGUAGUGUGUCUGGAAAGAAGGCUGGGAAAGAUCUUCACCUUCUUUUAGGUGAAGCUCCCAAAUGGUUUCAGGCUCUGUUUUAAGUGCUCGUGCGGUGCGGGGUACCUCGCUUGACUCCCGUCGUGGGAUCCCCUGCAUCCCUCUCGCAGCUGCGGGCUGCAGACAGAGGAAACUUGUGGGUUUUUUCAGCGUGUUUUUAAAUAAAGAAGGAAAUUCUAGCAGCUUUUCCAGACUGACUGUGGGCAUCGUUUGCCUAUAGAGCACCUAUUUUGUAGAGGAAAGUGAUACUUCGGAGAGCAAACCUUGUCUCCAAGGGCCUCCUCACAGCCCCAGGUCCACAAUUCAUCGCUGGGAUGAAUCCAGCUCCGUUUUUUGGAGCUGGGAUAAAUUGUUAACUUGACAGGGAAGGAAGCCUGGAAGAUCGCGUUCCAUUUGCCUAGGCAGCUCCCAGUGAGACUAUUUGCAGCCAAGGGCAUAAGCAGCAUCCAAAGUGCAACAGGGAUGGACUUUCCUGCCUCGUCGGGGACCCAAGCCCUUCUCCAGAAAGGCUGGGAAGCUCCGUGUGUGGAAUCUGUGCCGAGCGCCGCCUGCCAGCACUGAUGAGUGGCUGCAUUCCUGUGAAAUGCAGUGCAAAUUUUUCUUUCAUUAAACCAUCUUUUGCAGAACUCUGGCCUGUAGGGAUUCCA